AUGUUUAUUGGAUCUCUGCUUCCUAAUUUGGUUCGACUGGUUUAUUGUUACAAAUGUGCUUUCCCGUUUCUGCUUCAGGUUGCUCAUCCCUUGGUGCAAAACCAGUUGGUGGAUUACGUUCACAAUGGAUUCUUAGUACCAGUGAUGGGGCCUGCGUUGCACAAGACUUCGAUAGAAGAAAUGAUUGCUACCACUGCAUACUUGGAUCUCUUCCUUCGGAGUGUGAGUGAAACAGCUUUGCUGAAGACAUUCCUGCGCUUCAUCCUGCUGCACAGACAUGAUAACGUCACAAUCCUCGAUACUUUAAUCAGUCGAAUUAGCAGCAACUCCAGGCUGUGUAUGGUCUCGCUCAGUCUUUUCAGGACCCUCAUGAAUUUAAACUGUGAAGAUGUAAUGCUGCAGUUAGUUCUCAGGUAUCUUAUCCCCUGUAAUCAUGUGAUGCUGAGUCAGAGGCGUGCUGUCAGAGACCUAGAUAUCUAUGGAAAAACAGCAGACAGAUUCCUGUCUCUGAUCCCAAAGUGCUGCCAGGUGGAUAAUCUUGUUCCAGUAGAGAGAGAAGAAGAACAUGCCAUGUGGUCUAAAUGUCAUGGAAGUCCAAGUGUUGACACCUCAUCCGUAACAACAAUGCCAAGGCCUGCCACACCUUCCAGAAUUGCACUGUUUAUCAGGCAACAGAGUAUUGGCUCCUCAGACACUACUACUACUCCACGGUCACCAGGAGUUCCUUCUUCAGACACCCCUGUUGGGAGCCCCAUCCAUACUGUGCUGAAGUGGGAGGAGGUAGCAGAACUGGAAUCCAAUUACCUGGAAUAUCUGCGGGAUGCACGAAUGAACAUUGACCUCUGUGUUUGGGCAUGCAAAGCAUGGUCUGCACCCUAUGAUGGUGAGAAGCCUGAACCCUGCAGCCUACCUGCCAUGUGUGCUGAUGAGAGUGCACUUAACCUGAGUACUGAUCACUAUGGAGUUGACCAACAGCACGGGAUCACUUCAGCACCUGGAGGUGCUUCUUCCAACUUUGGCCGUCCCAUUCUCAAUCUGUCCUCCCAACGUAAACUCCGAUCUGGCUCUGAUAAUAAAGAAUUAGACAGUCAAAUAAACAGCAUCACACCACGGAACAAAAAAAGAGGCCUGCAGCACAUACACAUGCCUCCAGUCGCCAUAGAACUUGCAGGUACAAGCUGCAGAGAAUGUAAAAACUCUGACCACAUAUUUGUUCAGGAACAGCAAGAUGGACUGCCAUUUGGUUCUGUACUGAAUGGAGCUCACCCUGACGAUUCAUCCUGUUUUAAACAAGACAGUGGGAGACUAGAUUUGGAAGAGGCAGAAUGUAUUGAUGGAGACCUAAAGAUAAAAAAGGUGAGAAGGGACACAACAGAACAAACUCCAUUGUUAGUGAAUGAAAGACUGGGUAGGAAUAAAGAGUUAAUUUCUCCGAAAGAAAUUGUUACUGGUUUUAUAUCAGAAUGGACAAAUAGGAAGCUCCCUGCCCCGGUAUUGAAAGACAAAAACAGUGGCCACCUGAUGCAUGCAGUGACACAGAAUGGAACUGUGAUACAGGUUGCUGAAAUCCAUUCAUUAACCAGUCAUGAGCCUUCAGUUGCAUCUGAUUUACAGCGAACAGAGUCCGUGGAGAGUUUGAUUGACCAGUUACUUGACAAAGCACCUGCUGAAGCAAAUGGCACAAGUCUUAAUGUUGAGAAAUUUGGUGAAGAACUGCAGGAGUUAGAGGAAAAUAUGAAAAAUGGUGAAGAUGUAAGAGAAGAAGAGAGGGAACCAGAUAGUCCUCUAUCCAGAGAGGAAGAGGAGGCAUUUGAAAAGUUUACAUUGCAGUCUGGCACAGAUUCUCCAGUCUCCGAUGCAAAGCGAGAAAAGGCAAAAUCAGGCACACUUUCCCCUUUCUUCUUGAGCCCAAAUCGAGCUGUGGGACAGUCACUAAUCCAGCCUUUUACAGGACCGUUUCUGGCUGUCUUGUUUACAAAGCUGGAGAACAUGCUGCACAACUCGCUGUAUGUGAAUUUCUUACUGACAGGAAUGAUCGCACAGUUAGCUUGCUAUCCACAGCCUCUUCUACGAUCUUUUUUGCUCAACACCAACAUGGUUUUCCAGCCUAGUGUUAAGUCCCUUAUUCAGGUCCUGGGUACUGUAAAGAACAAAAUUGAAGCUUUUGCUGCUAACCAGGAAGAUUUUCCUGCUUUGCUCUUCAAAGCCAAGAAGUAUUUAAUAGCUCGAGGGAAGCUGGAUUGGGCAGAUUCACCGACUUCUGUUCCAGCUUUACGGAGAUCAGAGACUCUAGUGAAGAGUCGGAAGCCAUCACUUGGCGAACUGAUCCUACGCCACACCAACAGCCCUACUAGAGCACGUCAGGCAGCACAGCUUGCAUUGCAGCACGUCAGAGAUGGACAGGUUCUACAUGCCCUGACUGGCAGCUCCAUAUUCAAGACCUCUGCAGAGAAGCAGAAUGAUGCAUUGCGGGUAAAAAAUGCAGUGUACUGUGCUGUUAUUUUCACAGAGUUCCUCAAGGAGUUAGCAGCCAUUUCACAGGAACAUGCUGUCACCUCACCAUACCUUUUGGAGGAUAUAGAGGAAUGAAGAGAAAAAAAAGGAGCAACUUCCAAAGGCUAGAGCUACAGGAAACUGGAUCAUUGCAUUAUUGGUCCCUCUGCAAAGGAAGAUUUUCACCAUCCAUUAACAUAGAGAAGGCUUUUCUACAUCUGUGAUAGCAUGGUAAUGGUUAACGGGUUAAUUACCAUACUCAUAUUCAGCCAUAUCUGCUACCUGCGUUAUUACAUAGUCAUUCACAGGUGUCGUUAAUCUAGGGGUGCAGGUCACCCUUUCUUAGAGCUCUGAACUGUCUUAGUGAAAUGAAUGUAAAUUAGAACAGACCCCUCUGGGUGGGGUAGUGAAAGGGAGUGAGAUGCUACAACUUUUUGAAAGGGCAAAGUGCAAUCAGAGGACUCCCAUGUACCAUCAGAGCUUUAAGUAAGUUAAUAGACAUGUGUUGCUUUAUGUUAGAGACCAGUGACAAGGGCAUCGUAAACUGGGCCCCAGCGUCUAGGCUAAUGCCACCUGCCUUCCUUUCAGGAUCUGUCAUCUCAGGUGUACUGAAAACACCUGCCUAGCAGGAACAUCUCAUACUUAAGUGCAGAUCAGCUUCAUUUUCAAAGAUACUGGUUCGAAUGUUUCAUUUUACGUUAAUUCUUGUUUUUAACUGGUAGGACGAUUGUCCUAACAUUGCAUUAAAAAUUCAGGGUACCCCGCUGUGCAGGAUCUAGAAGUGGGUUCCCUUCACAGAGAAAACAGCUUUUUUAAAUUAAUUUAUUAGAAAUGAAUGUUUUAUAAACAUGUUGCAAUAUAUUAUGUAUUCUGUAUUUCUGAAUCUUUACAGCUACGGCCAUGUUAUUGUGGCUUUUAAGACUUGAGUUUCAAAUUCAUAUGUAUGAGAAUGUGUGCAUUUGUGUUGAGAUGUGAGACUACAUUAAUGUUUUGUGUGUAAAUGCACAUUCAAUGUGGAAUGCACACCUUGAUAUGUAAGGAGUGCACCAGGGAAUGUGUGACCUUCGUUUUAUGUUACAGUGUGUCUUUAAUUUGUGCUGACCCCACUGUCUUGGUGUCUUGGCAGUUUAUCAUCUACAGAUGCAUAGCAUGCAUUGCUCUUUUCCAUGCGUCAGACAUACAUUGUUCAGACAUAACAGUAUUUAUUAAGCUUGCCCCAGGUCCACUUAACUUUAAACCUUACCAUCCUGCGUCCCCCUACAGCUUCACAUGAAGUGACAUCUGCCUGGCAUUUUUCAUGUUCUCCACUCAGUGUCUGUACGUGUGUGUCUUGUCUUAUAUGCACAUGAAGUAGUUUAUGUUGCUUUUUGGCGUUUUGUCACUGGAUAAACCUAGUAGUAUUUUUUUAAAGCACAGCAGGACCACCAUGAGAGUCAUGAUGUAAAAUCUGCUUCCAAAUAGUUUUGCACAGCUGUCACUUUAAGUACCAUUGUAGAAAUAUAAAUGCAUCCAAGUUUCACAGUACAGAACGCCUUCCUAGAAGUGAAAAUGCUUGUGAAUGUCACAGUGCAAGUAUUUGCCCAAGAAUGGACAUGUGCAGAGUGCACUACUCGCCUGAUGACGGAGGUGAAUAUCUGCUGUCCGCUGCGUCUUUACAUCUUACUCUGAUAAUAAUGGUGGUGCUUUGUAAGGCAGCCAUUAACACAUCUUGUUUUUUUUUUUGGAAGAUGCAUUUUUCCCAUAUCGUGUCAUGACAUGUUAAACAUAUUUAAUACUGAAAUUUACUAGUAUAUAAAAUACACAAGCAAGUGUAGUGUAUUCUUACUACUGUUUGAAGCACCUUCUUUGCAAGUUCUAAUAUUUUGUUAAUGUUAAAUACUGUACAAGGUAAAGAAUAGUCAGAUAUCUGUGCAAAAAACGAAGCCCACAGACUUCUAGCAGAUCUCACUGUUACAGCAUAAAAUGCCCUUUCAGGGGUGCUGUUGCUGUACAAGGGUAGUGACAAUAAAUGUUCUGCAAGCCUGAUGUAUGCGUUUGUUAAAUACACGAUUAGAUUUUGCUGGUGUAUUGUUAUAGGUGCCUUUUUUGUUCAGGUAUAGUGGACAAAUGCAUAUAUAAAUAUGUAUUUUGAGUGUGUUUAGGCAACAGUGUUGAUUUCCAAGAUUUGUAAGUGUAUCUCCCAGAAUAAUGGGAUGCAUGUGUCAAGUCCAAGAUUAUGUCUUGAAGUGUUCUUUUUUCCCCAUGUUAUGGCAGUGUCAGAGGUAGCAUAUGCAAAAUAGUGGGGGUGUGGUUGCCCCCCCAUCCCUGCAAAUGCCUGAUAACCUUAACCUUACCUGUGCCUCUUAGACCAACACUACACCUGUAAAAAACAUGUUUCUGCAACACUGCCUCUGAUCAGAUAGAGUAUCUAAAUUUAGUGGUAGUAUUUUAGUUUACCAAGCCCAAAAGGAAACCAGUUUCCUUUUCAAUCUUUUUUUUUUCUUCCAAUUAUUUAGUUUUUUUUAGAUAAUUUUUGAAAUGACAUUGAUCACCUGUGUUUCAGUGCUUGUGCAUUAGGGUAAAUCAACAUGUACUCAUAUAUCUGUAUAGGUGGUAUAUGUACAUGUAUAUAUGCACACACACAAACACGUAUGUUAACGUAACAGUAUGUGUGAACACACAAAAGUAUACUUACAGUGGUUGGCACGUGGAACAAGCCGCAUUGUUACUCUAUAAGACGGUUUUAUUUCAUGCUGUGUUGCCCUCCAGAGGGAUCCUAGCUUAUGCUGUCUUCAAGAGUACAUCUUGAAAAGUCACCCUUAACUUGGAAAAAAGUCAGUUUUAUAAUCCAAUUUACUCCUUCCACUGUUCAGUGUGCAGUAGGGCUAGUAAGAUGUGUCAUCAAAUUUGUUUUAAAAACAACCACAUGUUCCAGCUACUGAGGUGUCAGAGUGGCUCGCAUUGCAAGUUCUGUUUGAUUAAAGUCGCAAUGAACAACUUUUUUGUAGAAUGUAAAGAACAGCUUUGAAUGUAAUGAACAGGAACAUUGAGUGUAGCUGCAGUGCCGGAAUUGCACCAUAAAACAAGAGGCCUUUUUCUAUUUUUUUUUUCUUUCAUGCAUGUGUUUGCAUUUCACAUUAAGCGUAGUACCAUCUUUGUUUUGGAAAAAAUGACACAAUCUAAUUUUCGAUUGUUUUAUUUUGGUACAGUAAAUGCUGUCAGGCAAGUGCCUUCCCAUUACUCUUAAAUCUGUAUGACAUAUUUUUUUAUUUAUACAUUGACUUUUAUUUUCCAGGAAAGUCUGACUAGGAAAUAAAUACCCAUUUUCAGCAGAUGCCCAGAGAGAAAAACUCCAGAGUAAAACUUCAAGUAAAACACUAGAACAAAUGUAAUUAAAAAAUGUGUGUGUGUGUGUACAGUGGAUAUAAAAAGUUUAAA